AUGGAAGGUCGGAUGGUACCUUGCGUCGGCACCGUCGUGACGUGGUUCGUCUCUGCACGCCGCUGGACAGCUAGUGACGGGAUGGAUCUCCACAUCGUGAUCGCCUUGACGCGCCCACCUACGCCGUCGGAGACCGCGGCUUACGGCGAAUUCGAGUCGCUCUCCACCACAACCCGAAGUCGUGGUCCCAUAGUGGAGUUCGGCCGUGCCACAAAGGCACAUGGCAGCCCUAUUCAGGGAUGGCACUGCCAGCCCCCACGAGGGGAAGGGCCUAGAAAAGGUGGCCUAAACAUUGCUGGGUACUACGCCGUCUCUAGGCUAGCCAGGGCCACAGACGUCUAAACAUGGUCGAAACAAUCAAAAUCGAAACAACAACAACAAUACCUAUAACAACAACAACAAUACUCGCUCAUCUCUUCAUCCUACCUAUUCCUUCCCUUCCUCUGCCUAUUCUUCUCCUUCGCCAUCUUCAUCUCCACCUCCUUCCCGUCGCCCCACUCAUUGUCACCAGACUGGCAGGGUGAGUCCGCUCACUCUGGCAGCCUGGAAUGUUCGUUCCCUUUUAGACAAUCCGAGGAGCAACCGACCGGAACGGAGGACGGCGCUAGUGGCACGAGAACUGGCGCGCUACAAGGUGGACAUCGCCGCACUCAGCGAGACCCGAUUCUCCGAACAAGGCCAACUGGAGGAGGUGGGAGCCGGUUACAACUUCUACUGGAGUGGUCGACCCAGGGCAGAGCGACGAGACGUGGGUGGCGCCUUCGCUAUCCGGAACGACAUCGUAAGACGACUGCCCAGUCUGCCGCAGGGCAUCAACGAUCGCCUGAUGAGCCUCCGUCUGCCUCUCCGGGGUGGGGGCAAAUUCGCCACCAUCAUCAGCGCCUACGCUCCGACGAUGACCAACCCCGACGCCGUCAGAGACAAUUUCUACGAGGACCUGCACGCCCUCUUGACGACAAGUUGA